AUGGAACAAACUAGUGAUAAUAACAAGAAAAGCACUAGUAACAACAGUAAUACAUUAACUCCAAAGCAAUCGUUCCUUGCACAUAUUAACUCUAAAAGAAAUUUACUGGCAUAUUUCACUAACAAUGAUACAAUCUCAAGAACUUCUUCGGCUGAUUCAUUAAGUUCGUCAGCAAACACGGUAUCCAACGAUAAUCCUACUGUUGAUCAAGGAAAAGUAUUGUCAAACGAUCCCAAGCAAUACGACCAAGAUGCAGAAGAUAAAGAUAAAAACCAACUAGUAAGAGAAGUAACAAGAGAAAGAAAAAAUAAAGACGAUGACGACGACAAUAACACCUCUGAUUCCUCCGAUGACUCUUCUAAGUACAAUGGUGGAUUCGUAGUAGAUGAUGGUCAGUAUUAUCCAGAGGGUGGUGCAAAGGCAUGGACAGUCACAUUCGCAUGUUUCUGUGGAUUGAUAGCAUGUUUCGGGUUAUUAAACGCAACAGGUGUAGUUGAGAACCAUAUUCAAAAUCAUCAAUUAGCUGAUCAAAAUACUUCUACCAUUGGUUGGGUAUUUUCACUAUUGUUAUUCACAUGUUUUGCAUCGUGUAUCCUAAGUGGAACUUAUUUCGAUAGAAAUGGCUUCAAGAAGCCAAUGAUUUUCGGAUCAAUACUUCAUAUAGCUGGUAUGUUCGCCACUGCUAAUUCAACAAAACUUUGGCAUUUCUUCCUAGCCCUUUCCGUUUGUUGUGGAAUAGGUAAUGGGAUCAUCUUGGGUCCCUUAGUUGGUUGUCCAGCUCAUUAUUUCUCAAGAAGAAGAGGGACUGCUACUGCUAUCGCCACAGCCGGUGGUUCCAUCGGUGGUGCUUUAAUCCCAUUAUUGUUAAGAAAGUUCUUCUCCAUGACGAGACCAAAUAAUCCUGACUAUGGAUACAUGUGGGGGGUACGUGUUUGGGCAUUUAUCAAUAUGGCUUUGUUAACGAUUGCCACUGUAAUGGGACAAGAAAGAUUGAAGCAGGUUGACGAAAUUGAUGAAUCAAAAACAGAAAAGGAAACACGUUGGAAACGGUUUGUUAGGGUAUACUUGUUUCAAAGUUUUGACGCAAAGGGAUUUAAAGAUCCAAAAUUCUUAUUCUGUGUCAUUGGUACAGUUUUCGGUGAGUUAAGUUGUUGUGCCGCCAUCACAUAUUUUAGUUCAUAUUGUAACAGCCAUGGUAUCACUGCAAGUGACAGUUAUCUAUUAAUUAUGGUCAUCAACUUGACUGGUAUUCCAGGUAGAUGGGUGCCUGGUUACCUAAGUGAUAUACUUGGAAGAUUUAAUGUCGCCAUAGGAACUUUAUUCGUCUUAUCGAUUGUCAUGUUAGUUGGCUGGUUACCGUUCGGUACUGAUUUGACGAGUAUGUAUGUCAUUAGUGCAUUAUAUGGGUUCUUCUCUGGUAGUACUUUCUCUUUAUUACCAGUCUGUUGUGGUCAAAUUUCAAAAACUGAAGAAUUUGGUAAACGAUAUGCUACAACGUACUCAAUGGUUGCCAUUGCGACAUUAGUCGGUAUCCCAAUUACAGGUGCCAUCAUUGGUGACAAGACGACAGUUAAGUACCAACAUUAUGUUAUCUUCAGUGGUGUCACUGCUUUAGUUAGCUGUAUUUCUUUCGUCAUUUCAAGAUACUUCUGUGUAGGGAUGAAGUGGCGUAAGUUUUAG